AGUAUUUGAGAUUGAUAAAUUUCACUCCCUAAAAAAAUUGAUUGGACAUUUGAAAAAAAAAUAAAAAAAUUGAUUGAAGCAUCUUUUAUCAUAUCUCUCUUUUAUUACAGAAAACAGAGAGAGGAAGGAGAAGAUGAAGAUGAAGCUUUGUUCCAUAAACAUGGCUAAAAACAACUGUCAUAUAAUUCUCAGUAUAUGCUUUCUAUACUCGUUUACCAUAUCAACAGCUUCAAUCCAAGAACACCCAUCUGAACCGAUCAUAUCAAGGUUCCAACAAUACCUCCAAAUCGACACAGCUCAACCCACUCCUCACUACUAUGAAGCCGCCGAUUUCAUCAUAUCUCAGGCAAAUUCCAUCUCUCUAGAAUCCCAAACCAUCGAGUUUGUUAAGGGCAAGCCCGUUGUUCUCCUCAAAUGGCCUGGUUCCGACCCUUCUCUCCCCUCCGUACUUCUCAACUCCCACACUGAUAUAGUCCCUUCCGAGCACGAGAAAUGGAAUCACCAUCCGUUAUCGGCUUAUCUCGAUUCCCAGGGCAAUGUCUUCGCUAGAGGGUCUCAGGAUAUGAAGUGUGUGGGUAUGCAGUAUUUGGAGGCUAUUCGUCGAUUGAAGGCUUCUGGGUUUCAGCCCCUUCGUUCGGUUUACCUUUCUUUUGUUCCUGAUGAGGAGAUUGGUGGCCAUGAUGGGGCUGAGAAGUUUGCUGAGUCUGAUGUUUUUGAGAAAUUGAACGUGGGUAUUGUGCUUGAUGAAGGUUUGGCGUCGCCAAAUGAGAAUUACAGGGCGUUUUAUGCAGAGAGGAGCCCUUGGUGGCUGGUGAUCAAGGCCAUAGGAGCACCUGGCCAUGGGGCCAAACUAUAUGACAACACUGCUGUGGAGAAUUUGAUGAAGAGUAUUGAGAGUAUCAGGAAGUUUCGUGCUUCACAGUUCGAUUUGGUGAAGGCGGGCUUAAAGGAAGAAGGUGAAGUUGUCUCGGUUAACAUGGCUUUUCUGAAAUCUGGAACCCCAUCUCCAACUGGAUUUGUUAUGAACUUGCAGCCAUCUGAAGCAGAAGCAGGUUUUGAUAUCAGGAUCCCUCCAACUGCUGAUUGCAAGUCUUUGGAGAGACGGAUCGCCGAGGAAUGGGCUCCUGCUUCACGCAACAUGACAUUUAGGUUCAUACAGAAAAUGGCUGUACUUGAUAAGUCAGGGAAGCCGCUCAUUACAUCAACUGACAGUUCAAACCCCUGGUGGAACCUAUUAGAAGAAGCUGUGAAAAAAGCUAAUGGGAAACUUGGUAAGCCAGAAAUCUUUCCUGCAUCAACAGACGCUCGCUAUUUCCGGGACCAAGGUUUGCCAGCAAUUGGAUUCUCUCCUAUGGCCAACACUCCCAUUCUUCUCCAUGACCACAAUGAGUUCUUGAACAUAGCUGAAUACUUGAAAGGAAUUGAAGUCUAUGAAUCUAUAAUCAAAGCUUACACAUCUUAUACUGGGCAUGCAAGAAGUGGUGUUGCUAAAGAUGAACUGUAAAAAACACAAAUGUCUUCAUAUUCAGAACAUGCUUCAUUGUAAUCUUCAUCAUCUAUCUUCUGUUGGGUAAGAUGUAAAUUUUGGCAUUAGAACUGACUCAGACUAAAUAACACUUGUAGUCACUAGCCAUGACCAUUUCUUCUUCUCAUUUAAUAAGUUUCAAUAAUUUAUUUAUCAAAGUAAAACAGUUUACUGUAGGAAAAACUCCCUUUGAGUUUGUUUUCA